ACGCCGGUGAGCUCGCUUUGCCUGCAGGGAGAGCAAAGCUUCGUGCGACCGGCAGCAGCUUGUCUAUUGCCCAUAAAAUUGGUGGAUGUGUGUGGCUGAAUGACAUGAGGGUGAAAUGGGGCGUAAAAUUAAAGAAUCUUGCAGAAAGCGAGAAAUGGAGAAGCAAAGCAACCCCUCCUCCUCCCCAUCCACAUGCACACACAAGCACACCGAUAUUCUCUGCAUCCAUUCAGCAACACACACCCUCCAGUGGACGCUGAGUUAACACUGAACUAAAAAGCAAAGGCAGAAAAUCAACAGAAAGUGAGCUGCGUGGUGUUUAGUCCCAGGACGGAGAUGAGCGGCAGCACCGUUCCGUCGCCUUUCCGCUAGCUGAUCUGUCACUUUCACGUUCCAGGAUUCUACUGAGUACAGAGACAUGGCCAAGCAACCGACCACCGGCUACAUCCCGGUGCAGCACCUGCAGCAAGAAGGAUCCGGACUUUUGUCAAACAAACCGGACAACACGGUUGCGUGCCCACCGCCCGCCCCUCACCACCACCCGGCGCCUCAGCCGCCUCCCUGCAACGAGAGCAAAACUUUUUGUCCCACGGAAAAUAAACCGGGAGAACCGGACACCAAUAAAGAGUAUGGGACGUUUAAAAGCACCGCCCCGCCCGUUCCUGGAUCAGCAGCAGUCAGCUCAGCCUUAAGGAAGGAAUCCGUGGGUUCGGCCCGAGGGGGGUCCGCCCUGAACAGCGACCCGCUCCGGGCCACCGCGGAGCAAAACAACACCACGAGCAACUGGACGACCAUGAGUCAAACCACCAUCAUACUGGGAACAGAUGGGAACACGUCUGUUCAGCCUGGAACGGUGGCGGGGGAGGACGAUGAGGAUGAUGGGGGAGAUGAGAAUAAGGCCAGAGGAAACUGGUCCAAUAAACUGGAUUUUAUUCUGUCCAUGGUUGGCUACGCGGUGGGACUUGGAAACGUGUGGAGGUUCCCUUAUCUUGCCUUCCAAAACGGGGGAGGUGCUUUUCUGAUUCCUUAUCUGACCAUGUUGGGAAUCGCAGGGAUCCCAAUCUUUCUGCUGGAGGUUUCCCUGGGCCAGUUCGCCAGCCAGGGCCCCGUGUCCGUUUGGAAAUGCAUUCCGGCCUUGCAAGGUUGCGGGAUUGCCAUGUUGAUAAUAUCUGUCUUGAUAGCCAUAUACUAUAAUAUUAUUAUGUGCUGGACACUGUACUACCUGUUCGCUUCGUUGAAGGGCUCACUGCCAUGGGCUAACUGUAGGAAUGAGUGGAACACGGUGGAAUGUAAGGACAAAGACAUGCUUCUGUUAGACUCGUGCAUACUGCGGGACAGAAACCCCAUUGCCAUCAAGAAUUCCUCUUUCUGCCUGUCUGCAAACGCUGUGGGAAACCUGACUAAGCUGUUGAACAUGACCGUGGAUGGCAACAAGACCUACGUCAGCCCGAGUGAGGAAUACUUCAAGUACAAUGUGUUACACAUUUCCAAAGGGAUUGAAUACCCAGGAGACCUCCGCUGGCCUCUAGCAGGUUGUCUGUUCUUGGCCUGGCUCAUUGUUUAUGCUUCCUUAGCCAAAGGAAUCAAGUCAUCAGGAAAGGUGGUUUAUUUUACAGCCACGUUCCCUUAUGUGGUUCUGGUGAUCCUUCUGAUCAGGGGAGUAACCCUCCCUGGUGCUGCUGAUGGCAUCCUUUACUUCAUCACCCCAAAAUGGGAGAAACUUAAUGAUGCAAAGGUGUGGAAAGAUGCAGCCACACAGAUUUUUUUCUCGCUCUCUGCUGCAUGGGGAGGUCUCAUCACGCUCUCCUCCUACAACAAGUUCCACAAUAACUGCUACAGGGAUACCAUCAUAGUGACUUGCACAAACAGUGCUACCAGUAUAUUUGCUGGGUUUGUCAUCUUCUCGGUCAUUGGUUUCAUGGCUCAGGAGUUGAAGGUGCCCAUAGAGAAGGUGGCAGAUGAGGGUCCAGGAAUAGCAUUUGUAGUGUAUCCAGAGGCUCUGACCAGACUUCCUCUGUCUCCUUUCUGGGCAAUCAUCUUCUUCCUCAUGCUCCUCACUCUGGGACUUGACACCAUGUUUGCCACCAUUGAGACCAUCGUAACAUCUGUGUCAGAUGAGUUCCCCAAAUACCUGAGGAAACACAAACCCAUCUUCACUCUGGUCUGCUGCAUCGCCUUCUUCAUCCUGGGCUUUCCCAUGAUAACAGAGAGUGGGAUGUACAUGCUGCAGCUGGUGGACACAUACGCAGCCUCAUAUUCUUUGGUCAUCAUCGCUAUCUUUGAGUUGGUUGGCAUCUCCUACCUCUACGGUCUGCAGAGGUUUUGUGAGGACAUCGAAAUGAUGAUUGGUUUUCAGCCAAACCGAUUCUGGAGACUGUGCUGGGCCUUUGUGACUCCAACAAUUUUGACGGGCAUCCUGGGACUCAGUCUGUACCAGUGGAAGGUGAUGACCUAUGAGGACUACACCUAUCCCACCUGGUCCAUGGUCAUGGGCUGGCUCAUGGUUAUUUGCUCAGUUAUUUGGAUCCCCAUCAUGUUUGUGAUUAAGAUGUACCUGGCCCCCGGCACCCUCAUCGAGCGUCUGAAGUUGGUCUGCUCCCCUCAGCCUGACUGGGGUCCCUUCCUGAUGAAGCACCGUGGGAACCGCUACAAGAACAUGAUCGACCCAUUAGGAACCAACUCCCUGGGUCUCAAACUGCCACCGAAGGAUUUCCAGCUGGGUUCUUACCAGUAGCAGCCGUCCCAGCACUGAUCACCUUCCACCCAUUCUCAGAGCAAGUGGAACUGGAAGCAGGCUUUCCUCAUCCUCCUUCACUCUCUCCCGUCUUCUGUCAGGGAGGAGUGGCUGCCCCGAGUGGAGCCUGCCCCCUCGCUGCUACUCUGCACUCGGUUAACGGGCUAUCAUUACACAUGAUCACUGAUUACUCCGCUCCCCCCUCCCAGGGAACUCAUUCCAAGAGAAAAAUUGUGUCAUAAAAUGACACAGCUCAGACUGCACUUGCAAUAUUAGACUCGACAUAGCUGCUCCCCAUGGAGUUGUUUGUUAGUGUGUGUGUGUCUGGCAUUACAUUUGUGUGUAGAGAUAAGGAAUCGUGUUGGCGUAAGCAGACACAGAAAAUCAAAAAUACAUUAUCAAUCAAAAUAUAUACAUAUGCAGUUUGGUUGGGAUCUGAUUCUGGUUCUCUCAGUGUACAAAAUUUAAUCAGUCGUAAAAAUAAACUCAACAGCUUCUGAGAAAAGAAAAAGAAAACUACGUAAGCACAUGUUUAGUUCCUAUCUAGCAGAAUAUAUUUAUAGUCAUGUCAACUACUGCUCAGUCGCCUUUGCUUAGUCAGAAAUAGACUAUGAGUUUGAAAAUUGUGCCUCCGGUCCCAGUAGAGUAGCGAAUGCAUCCUGUUUACCACUUUGACUCUGUCCACUUUGGCCUUUAAGCAGCGUGAUAGAAGCUUGGAUGAACUUUUCUCUCUACUCCAGAGAACAUAUGUGAUACCUUCUUUGUCUUCUUAAUAAACUCCUGUAUUACUAUCCAAGAAUAUAAAGCAAGCACCUUUCUAGCACAGGGAGCUCGUAGAAUAGUCAAUCCAACUUUUUAGUGGGUGAAAACGUGGCCGUUUAACCCUUUCAGGUCUCACAUCAGGCCUCAUGGUCACUCUGUGUGGAUAUUCUUUAGAUGUCUAUUUAUUACUGGAUGUGUUGUGACUUUGUCAGGCCAUUUGUGAAAAUAUUUUGCAUUGUACAUCACAUCAGUAAAGUCAUAAAUCAUAUAUGAAUAUAAAACUAUUACACAUAGUCAGAUAUUUAUAAAUACAUGUAUUUAUAAAGAGCUUCCAGCUGAGGACAGAGCUAGCAAGACAUAUUGUGCAUGUGUGUGUGUGUGUGUGUGUGUGUGUGUGUGUAUGUGUGUGUGUGUGUGUGUGUGUGAGUAAAUGUCUUUUCACGUUUCUCUUGCUAAGCUGUUAUGUUUUGUACAAAGUACACUUAGACCCUAAUGUCUUCUAGUUGCGUGUCGUCUUGUCCUCGCAUCAGUAGGAGGAGCUUCUAUGUGUGAGCAGAUGAAGAUUUAGACCAGAAAAUGGCCUCGUUUCCUUCCAGGAGAGGUGCGCUGUCUCUUGUUGUUUGCGGUAGAGCUCUGGACUCCCUCGUCAUUUCAGACCCUCAUGCUUCUCUGUGUGUCCUCGUGGAAACGGUCUCAGGUAUACUCUUUCAGACUACCGCGGUAAUUGCAGGAAAAUUCAGUUCUAAAGAAAAGUUGAGCCACCCUUGUGUUUGAUUUCACCGAACACGAUGCUAAAAUGCGUUUGAGUCCAAACGAUUUUCCCAGAGGACCACUGGAGGACACACGGACCGCUUGCCACUGGCCAGCUGUGUGCAGUGCUAAAUCAGGUGUUAUCAUGUUUGUUCUGCAAAAAGAAAACAACACAGGAAUCAAAUGUAGAAGCAGAACAUGUAAAAGUGCUGUAACACACAGGAGAUGCCAUUUUCUCCUGCAGCUCAUUUUUCAUGAACAGAAAGUAGAAAGCUUUCAGCGGCCCUCACUCCCUCUGUACUGCUGUAAUUUAGCACCUGUUUAAAGACACGCUGCUCUGCCAUCAUCAGCAUUACCGAGGUGCUGCUCUCCUUUUGCCGGGUGGUCUAAAAGUCAUUUGUAGUUGUUUCACUAAUGCAGCUCAGCGGGUGAUUCAGACCAACCCGUUAACAGAAACAUCACCUCCCCACUUUGGAGCAAUUAGUUCUUUGCACACUUGGACCAAUGUGAUGUGUGUUUUUGUGCUUUCACAAACUCCUGAUUGGCUCAACUAUGCUUUCAACACUGCAGGCACUAAACUGCAGUGUGUGUUUUUUUUAAAGAGGAUGCAAUAACAGCAACAAAGGCUCUCUUCCUAUUUCUCUAAGCCAUGUCUUUUCAUGACCUUGACAUGAAAAUAGCACAGAUACAAUUAAAGACGUUGAAAACAAAACAAAAUCAGUUAAUGAGCACAAAUAUAACUGAUGUUAAAUAGCUUGCUCGCUGCUCUUUGUUACUUUGAAGAUGUCGUGCAUUUAGCUCUAUUUGUGAUGAAAAUGUAUGUCUGCUUAUGCUCGUGUGCAUAUGUUUGUCUCUGUAUAAGUUUGAUCAAACUUCACUUUAACUGUCAAUCAGACGUUUGCAUGGCUGGUCGCAGUAGAUCUGAAAGAAAAGAAGCGAGGAGAAUUUACAUACAGUUCCUGGAACGCCUCGGCUUCACACAGCUCUCAGUAAUGAGAGGAUCUUUGAGAACUAACUGGAAAUGAGAGAAAUGCUCUAUAUAUUUAUAUACAUACAUAUGUGUAUGUAUAUA